UUUCUUAGAAUAAUUGGCUUGCGCGAGAUAUUGAUGAGAUUUAGAUUGCCUGGACUACUUUUUAUCUUGGAACAUGACCGAAAUAGGCGCAAUUAUAUCCGUUAUGUCAUCAUCAUCGUUACCGCGGUAAUAAUCCAUCGCGCCAUAUUGAUUAAUUUUCAAUUGUCUGGAAUCCUCAGCAUUUGCGGUGGAUUACAUUGGGUGUAUAUAUCAUUCCACGAACUCAUGUAUCGAUUAUCAUAUUCGAUUUAUUCAAAAUUUAAAACGUGAAAGCCUAAUAUUCCACAUCGGAUAAGUAACGAAUUGAUAAUUGUGCUCAUGCAUCAUUGCAACUCUCUCUUCUUUUUAUUAGGUCAAGUUUAAAAUUCGAAAGUUGUGUGAUAUUAUGCAUGAGCCUAAUUAAUGUAUCUCCUGCUAUCGCGGUAUCGUGAACUAGAUGUUUUUUAAUUGUAUAACCAGGGUUCAUGGAACAUUUCUUUUUUUCAAAUAACUUCUAUAAUUUUCUCGUAUGUAUACUGCUGAUAUCAAAGUAUCACGCGCUGCGAUAAAGUGAUACAAGUCCCACUUUCGGCCGGAACGACUUUUAUGAAUGCAUAUAAAUAAUCCUCCGUAUAACUGAUCUCAAUAUAAUACAAAUUCAUGAUGGUGUAGUGUGCAGAGGAUAAUUGACUGAAGCUAAAAAAAUAUGCGAGGUAAGAAGAUUCGACUCGGUGUCGCGCUUCAUCUAUCACCUGGAACUGUUUGUUUUGAUAAACAAACAAAUUUAUUUCAUACUAGCGUUUUCUUUCUAACGAGUGCUUACAGAAUGGGUUCUUUUUAUGUCUGGGAUAUAUCAGCUCCUAGAGAAUCGUCUACAAGGGUAGCAAUUAGUACUUAAAAACUUAAAGACCGCGUCAACGGAUGCUGCGAGACAAUGUGGAAUGGCCGAUGGCUUUUAUGCCUCAUCGUGGUCGGAGGUGAUUCGAAAAUUACAUUCAUAAACGAUUGCGAAAGUCAUAAUUCGAGCCUCCGUUGUGAUCCAUUGAUAUAAGUCACUGUAGAAUAUACGCUCCAUUAGCUGAUCGAAUCUGCUGCUUGUAAUUCUGCAUUUUGAUAACGAUAAUCUCAGAGAUUAAACCGCAUAUAUGUAUAUUGUCGAUAAGUAAGAUCCAUGGAUUUGAUAAUUCAACAAACUGAACCGUCUCUCAAAAAUUGCAUUACAUGUCUUAUCGAUAUCUGGAUUACAAGUUGAUCAGUACGCACUAUCUUUGUACUUAACGACAGCGUUUCCAUUUGCAAAAUUCAGUGUUGGAAACGCAAGGGGCAUUUUCUAUGAAUGACUCCAAAAAAUCGAAGGAAAGCGAGGUGACCGCUUCGUCAAAUUCAAGAUCUGACGGGAAGAAAAAUGCAUACGACGAUGAUCAAGUUCUAUCAACGAAUCCGACAAUUUCAUCCUCAGAUGAUUUAACCGCCUCCAACCGAACCGUUUUAAAUGGUAAACUGCUGACGUCAGUAGCCAAAGUCACAACAUUCGGUUUUCUUUCGUUUUGUUUUUUUCUUCUCCGAGAACACAGUACUUAUUCCUAUUUUUUUGUUGUUGUAAUACAAGAAGAAACUGCGGCGUCCAGUUCUUUAUUAAAUACUACAAGAUCAAGUUCUCACGGUCAGUCACAUUCUAAGCGACACAUUCGGAGGCCGAAAUCAUACCGCAAAGAAUCAAAGGCAAAAUCACAUGCGAGUAGAAAUAACGUGGUGAGCGGAAAUUCGAUUAACUCCAGCACUGGAGACGGUGGAAUUGAGCCCCAAGAUUUUUUCCGCAAUGCAACUUCGGGAGCAACACCAGGAACUUUGGAUAUAACAACUAGAUCCAUUGCUACGAAAGGGAGUAAAGAUACUCUUGACGAAAGACUGGAGAGACUGUCUUCUAGACUGUCAACCAGUUCAAGUUCUUCGGAUAAUUGGGAUAAUUCUUCAUCGGCAUCAUCAUCGGACGGGGCGUCUGUGAUCGACGAAAAAUCGUCCUCAAUCGAAUUAAUGGCGUUCACUUUCGACGGGGGUGAAGGAGUCCGUCACUCAACUCAGCCAAACGAAGCUCAGAAGUGGAGGGAAACUCUGAAUACGUCUUCACCUGAUGCUAUGGCCGUAAUCCAAACUUCCGAUCAUUCGACCGAACAGUCGAAAUCCACAUUUGCAUCUGAUAAAAUGAUUGAGACGAGGGCAGUAGCAGUUCCGGUAGAUCCGCCGGACCGAGUUUCUAUGUCUAUCGGAAAGAGCAGCGGUAGCAUAAGGACGGAUGAUUCGGUCCUGGCCUCGGUAGAAAGCGAAUCUACUGCGUCAAAAAUCUCAAAUAGUGCAGGCUCGAAAGUGUCAACUGGAUUAGAAGGAGCUGACUCAAAUUCUAUGAAGAAAUCGAAUCAUAGUAGAAGCGAUACUGAUGAGUAUUCUUGGAUAUCAUUGAAUGACAGUCUCAAUGCUGUAUCUCCAAGGAAACUUUCAGACGCCUUGAAGAGGGUGGAAUCCCAAGAGUCGAGGGGUUUUUAUGCCUACAGCAAUUCUACAAUCUCCAACGUCUCAGAAAACACCUCGAAUUCCAAAUCAGAAAUAAGUAAUGGUACCGAUGGUGUUUUGGGAAAGUAUUCAGAAUCUUUGGCAGCAAUACCCGAGGUCGUUCGUGGAUCUGCAGAUCCACGCGUAUCGAGAAACAGCGAUCGUUCGCCAUUUGGAUCUCCAAGUACCCAGGAAGACGUUGCAAUAAUUCGAAAUGUUGAGACGCCUUCACGAUCAACACUUUCAACGUCAGUUUUAUUACCUAGCAAAAGAGACGCAGACGACAGAAUAGCUGAUAAAACAGACGAAUCAUUCCGGUUGACGCUUAGCUUGGACUCCUCAUCUUCGUCCUGCUCCUCCGGUUUAUCGAAAAACAUGCGGAAUGACAUUCACAACACUACGAAUCCGUUUUAUCAAAAACGAAUAAACGAUGUUACUUUGUCGAUUCCGGGAGAUAAACCGGAACGCUGUGAUCUACCGGUCCAGUCCUUAGCUGCUGGGCUACUUCCAGACGAUCACGUUUCCGAGUCCAAAGAACAAGCAUCACCGGAGCAUUCGAAGAAUGGUAGUCACGAUGCAAAAGUAAAGAAUACGUUGAGACCAUCGCCUCCCGGACGCGUCCAGAAUUCGUCAUAUUCUGAAGAAGUUUUGGCAAAUUUGGGACCGACCGUCCGGGAUUCGUUAAUUCGUACGGAAGCAUCGACGACCACUGAGGCUGAUACAGCUGGACAUACUUUGGCACCGAAUACUGACCUCGAAGAAAACUGUAACGCCUCAUCUUCAUUUAAUGUUUUUACACCAUUCAUAAAUUUUCGUAAAACUAUUGGCAAAGUUGUACCUUCCGAAGAUGGUACUCCAAUACUACAGGUUGAUCAGUCUCUAAAUGUCACGACGACCGAAGACAGUCUUUACAUCAUGGAAGGAUUCGGAUUCUUGAAAACAAAUGGGGAUGAUAUUUCUGACCUCGAAGAUGAAAUUACAGAUCGGCGAAGAGACGUCGGAUUUGAUUAUUUCGAAACUGAAAAUUACCCGGGUUAUCCCCCACUGAUUCGGGACCACGAUUCUGGACUCAAAAUCACCGAUCAAAUUGAGUUCGAGGGCGAGCUGCCAGUAAUUAAACAAGGGCCGCUUACCCUUGAGUUGAAGGAAAAUCCCGAAGAUCGAUACGAAGAUCCUUGGUGGCUCAAUUUGGAUGAAACUAAACGAAAAAUAGAACGAUCUUCAAACGAUAAAGACACCGCGAACGAAAUGGGUGUUCAUUCGAGUGGAUUUUCUGUGCUACAAGAAAUCCGGGCAUUUCAAUCUCCAUCGAAAAGCAUUUUCCCCGAGAUAAACCUGUCGAACACCAGUAGCUACCAUCUUUUCCUGUUACCAACGCUUUACAUUUUUAUCGGUAUGUGCAUCGUCGUGGUAGGUUGCAGUAUUUGGUGCAGCAAGGUUUUGGUCAGAAGACAACAACCCAAGCUACCUAAUUUUAAAUACUUUAUCAAACCAAGAGGAACAGCUGCGAAUGCUGUUGUCUGACGGAAUUCCGAAGACCUAUAGUAGAUCAAUUAUUUUAUACACGAACUAUUGUGGCGCAGAUGUAAUUUGUUUUUACGAAAAAAGAAUAAACAUGUAUUAUCAUCGA